AUCAGUUUGGUGGGCUGUGAUUCUCGGCAGCGCAUGACACAUCUGGAUGGAGGCAGUCAGUGAAGGGGAGGUGUGUGUGUGAGAGAAGAAGAGAGGGAGAGAAGGAGAGGCAGCACACACUCCUCAGCCCGCGCACACAAAUGGAGAGGGAACCAGCAGAAGGCAUUAUUUUUCCAUGCACAGAAUUAUUUUCCCUGUGCGUAGGCUGUGCGAUGUAAAGUCAAGAGAUGGCCGCGAGUGAAACGAAUGGGGACAGAAAAAGUGAGGAUAAAGGAAGAGGAGGAGGCGGACUACCUCAGUCGCCCUCGAACCUGAGUCGUGGACAAUCCCCAGGGACCAAGAGGCAUCUUCCUCGAGGGAUUGUGAUCCAGCUCACGGGGACAGAGGGAGAAUGGGACAGUCUGGACGACAGUGAGCUCAUCUUCUCCCUCGACCAUGAAGACGACUACCCCUCCAUAUCUCUAUCCAAAGUAAGGCAGCUUUCUGUCGAGGGUGACAGAAGGCUGCAUUCCCAAGCUUUCCAUGUCCCUCUUUCCCCCUCCUCUCCUGGCUCUCUGGGUAACAUCUCAUGCACCGGCAGCAGCUUCCUUUCCCCGGCUGUUUCCUCACCCACCCAUAGACCCCUCGCAAAGUCUCUCUCGACGGAGCUGGAUAUCAAAGAAGGUGCUACCCUCAGACCCAAACCCUUUCUCAGCCUCGUGAAGUCGAUAUCCACUGAGAUCUCCCGCUCGGAGCCGGAGGUGUCACAGUCAAAAUCAGACUCCCGCUUGAACCUCCACCUGUGGAAGCAGUUCACCCAACCAAAAACCAGAAGCAAUGGCGACUCCCGCACCGCCCCGCCGUCUCCUUGCGCUCACUCCCCAAGUGGAGAAGGGCGAGGGGGUUUCUUCAAGAUGGAGUUGGAGGACACCAAGAGGAAGCUCUCGGAGGCCGUGCACGAGCCUCUGAGCAGCAUGUUCAGUAAGAUCAUGAGAGAAGAUAGCGCAAGUAGCCCCAAACACCAAUCCAAAAACCAGGGGGCUCAGCAGGUCAGCUCCAGAAGUUUAGGGCGUGAAGGUAGCACGGACACAAAUCUCUCCGAAUCUCCUGUGAGGAGCACUAAGAGAACAGAAGCCGAUGUAUUGCCGGUGUUUGACUGGCCUUCUGUUAGGUCUCCUGGGAGAAUCCACCGUAUUCCCUGCCCUGUGCAUCACAACAGACAACAUCACGGGGAUGAGGAACUGGAAAUAUGUACAGACGGAGAUGUUAUGCAAGUGUUAGCCGUGGAGACUCACAGGAAGGCGAGGAGAUCCCCUACCGUUGAAGCACCCAUGGUUAGCACUUCUUCUCUUUCUCAGCCCCAUCCUCUCCCACGCAUGACUUUGUUGGGCAUCGCGUUGCUGUCCUAUGGAUACUUCAUCCUGCCUCUCAGCCCGUACUUCUCCGGCCUGGCUCUGGGAUUAGCGUUGGGCUUCUUGCUGGGACUGUUACUCAUUAAGAUGGGUUCCCCCAGGUCACGCUGCUCUGAUCCUUCAUUCAGACCAGCACAGACUCUGCUGGGAGAGGAGAUCCUGACAGGUGGCAACGUCAGCACUGAACCUGACCCCCUCAAGGGCUGGAUGAAUGAAAUACACGAUUACGACCCAGAAACCUACCAUCCGGCUCUGACUCACUCAGUGUUUGCUGCCCUGGAGGGCUCCUGUCUCCGUCUGGACUCCCCGCGUAACAACAUCAGCCGCAGGGCCGUGUACGAUGAGAGGGUCCACGAGGCCACCUUCGUCAAGUCACGCUCCUUUCAGCUUGCAAAAAGCAAAGUAUUCCUGCUGCCAUCUGUUCUGGCUCGGAAGAGGAUGUGGAACCCAAAGUAUCCCAUCUGCAUCCAACUGGCCGCCGGAGCGAACUCCCAGGAGGAUGAGGGAGGACGAUGGGAGGAGAGCCUGGGAGAGGAGUCGGGAGCUGACCCUGGAAGUCCUCAACAAAGACCCUCCAAACCCGCCGGUGAUAUUCCCAGGACCCUUUACCUCUUCGGACGCACAGGAAGAGAGAAAGAAGAGUGGUUUCGUCACUUCCUGCAAGCGUCCACGGAUACAGAGAGGGAAACAGAGAGGGAGCCUGGCAGAUGUGAGUCCAGAUCGGGUGAGCCAGAGUUAGCACACAGUGUUUCCGCCAAAGGUAAUGUCUCAAGCAGAGGCCCCAGCAGAAUAGGCAGCAGUGACGAAGACGCCACCUUCACACCUCCAGCACCCAGCCUCCCUGCAGCUCCUGUCAGUCAGACAUCCAGCAGCACCAGGGGCUUCUCUCUGCUAGACUACCACCGAUACAUGUUUCAUCUCCUGGCCACAGAGGACUUCACCCCCCUCUCCAGUCCUGGAGCCAGCAGCAGUGCAGAACCGAGCCCCACCACCAUCAAAGGGAAUUGUACCUGUGAUUCAGCAGAGCAUCCUGGGACGAGCCAGACUGCGUGGGCUAACGCACUAAUUGGUCGGAUCUUCUGGGACUUCCUGCGAGAGAAGCACUGGGCCGACGUGGUUUCCUGCAAGAUCCAGAAGAAGCUGAGCAAAAUCAGACUGCCUUACUUUAUGAAUGAGCUGACUCUGACUGAGCUGGAUAUGGGAUGCUCGAUGCCGCAAAUCACCGCUACCUCCAGACCAGAAGUCAACCACAGAGGCCUGUGGGUGGAGCUACAGCUGGUUUACACUGGCGCCCUGCAGAUGACCCUGCAGACCAAGUUCAACCUGUCCAAGCUGGGUAAAGACGGUGGUGGUCAGGAUGCAGACUGUACGUCGGAAACUAGUAGUCCACGCUGCAGGCCAAUCUUCAGCGUGUUGGCGGACAGUGAUGAGGAGUCCUCCAGCGCUGGUUCCUCUGAUGAGGAAGAGCUGCUUCUAUCUGAGCCUCAGGGCCCAGUGGGGGACAAGGGAUCCACACCAGCUGCUGAUGGGACAGGGGGCGGAAAGACUGGGAGGAAGAUUUUGAGAUUUGUGGACAAAAUCGCUAAAUCCAAGUAUUUCCAGAAGGCGACGGAGAACGAGUUCAUUAAGAAGAAGUUUGAGGAGAUGUCUAACACCCCGCUGCUGCUCACUGUGGAGGUUCAGGAGCUGUCAGGGACUCUGGUCGUCAACAUCCCGCCACCCCCUACUGACCGGAUAUGGUACAGCUUCUGCGUUCCCCCAAAGCUGGACCUGCACGUCCGUCCCAAACUCGGGGAGAGGGAGGUGACUUUCUGCCAUGUGACCGAGUGGAUUGAAAAGAAACUGCAGGAUGAGUUCCAGAAAGUGUUUGUACUGCCAAAUAUGGACGACAUAUACGUACCCCUGAUGCAUUCUGGGGCGGACAGCCCUCGAGCCUCUCAGUCCCAGCGUUCCCACUGCUCCUCCACGGAGUCCAUCGAGAGGAUCCCGCCGGAGAUCUCAGAGUCUGACUAGUGCCUCUUGUUAAUGGUCGCAUAUUAGGGGCUUUAUUCUGAGUGAAAGGGUCAUGUUCCUCUCUCUGAUGAUUUGUAUGUCUUCAUGGGGUCAUUAUGGCCUUACAGUCAUACAUUUACAAGAAUAAAGUUGGGUAUUCUCUCAGAUUAAAGUGGUACAUUUCCAAUUUCAAUUUCAAAUGUUUUGUUUUAUUCUUGUCAAGGAACCAGAUUGCUCUGCUGUGCUCAGUUAGAUCAACCUCCUCACUCCACAGAUUUGCUUUGAGUUAGAUCAUAUUACAUUACAUAAGAUCAUACAGCAAGAUGUGUUACAGCAGCAUGUUUACAAGGCAUAUCACACCACAUAAAGUGACACAAUCAAAUAGAGCACCUGUGUCCAGCAGUGGCUCAGUAAGUAGGGGCUUGGACUGGGAAUCGUAGGGUCGCCGGUUCAAUCCCCGAACAGACUUGAAAUAUGGAAAGUGGACUGCUACUUGGAGAGGUCCCAGUUCACCUCCUAGGCCCUGCUGUGGUGCCCUUGAGCAAGGCACCGGACACCUCCAAUCCCCCCUCCCCAUUGCUGCCCGGGCGCUGCACAAUAGCUGCCCACUGCUCCUAGUACUAGGAUGGGUUAAAUGCAGAGGACCAAUUUCACUGUGUGUGCUCUGCUGUGUGCAUGUAUGUGACUAAUAAAGAGGGUUUCAUCCUCCGAUCUAUCUGUGAAAUACACAAUAUAAAGGAGGCGGAAAAAGAAAUUGGGCCUAAUUUGAAGAAAGCUAGAUACUCUAAUGUUGAAUACCAUUGUACAUCGUCAGUAAAGCAAUGUGAUGUGAUUUCUUGACAAGAAAAAUAUAAUUCUCCAAAUUGUUUUAUUUAAUUAACAACUUCAUAAUCUCAGAGAAUAUUUAAAUAUGUUUUUCAUUUCAAUUCAUGACUUUAAUUUGAAAGCUUCUCAUUUAUUUCUUGAAUAUUAUCCCCCUUGCGGUCGUAGAGAGUUCACGUUGCAAAUUGGAUUCACAUAUUACCAGUGGGAACAGUGGGUCAAUAUAGAGUCAAAUCUGGCUCUAAGGGCUUUAAAAGCUCUAAAACUGAUUUAUGUCUUGAGUUUUUGACCGUCUGAUGUUCAGCGCUGCAGGUGUUUGUGUGACUCAAGGAGAAUCUGGGGUUUGUUUGGAACAGAUUCCUGUACAAACAAAGCACUACAAGUGAUACCUUUUACAACUGUUUACAUGUAAAUGAUCCCUAUGAGAUUAUGUAAAUAUAUGUAUUUAUUUGCUGCUUUGAUUGUUUACAGCUGGAUGUAAUU